GCACCAUACAACAUGGCGGAUAAUCUAUACAAUCCUGCCGACCUCAACUCGGUCCUACGUACUUUGUCAAGUCUAGCUCCCCAAGGUACACCACAGCCUCAUCAACCAUCUACCCCUGCUCCAUUGCACCGCCCAGAAAAGCCACGCCAGCCGCAACCGCGGCCUCCGCGGCCUUCAAAUGGCCUUGCUGAUCCAUCCAAUAUCAUAACUUGGUCUGCUGCACUUCGACAUGUCAUGCGCACCGUGGGCCAGAAUGAAGAGCUUCAACACCGUAUCCGCGGAAUGAUCCGAAGUCAACAUCACCAUGAACGCCAAUGGUUCAAUGCUCGCGAUGCAUUGAUCAGGCAGCAGCGAGGACGGCCUGAGAAACAGAAAGAGUUAGACGCAGUUCUUCGGUCGAUCGGUGCCCCGGUGGCUACAAAAGAAGCAGAAACAGCCGAGCAAGAAUUUGCCGCCGAAAUAGCAGCCUACGAUGCAAAGGUUCAUAGAGCUGCUUCCCAGAUGAGCGACGCCCUGAUGUCCGAACUACGUGGUCUUGGGAUACCUUUUUUUAAGAUCCAUCCAAAUCUGAUUCAGGAUUCUUCGACUGGGACAGGAACUCCUGAUUCGGGUGCCGCCAAAACCCAGGAAUCUGAUUCUACCGGAGGCCCGUCGCAGAUCACAAAGUCCGACCUUGAGGGGUUGCAACAGCGCAUGUUAGAGCUGCUAGAAGAUCUAUGCAAGGAGUGA